AUGUCGAAAGUCCUCAAGCAGACCCUGCUCGACCUCAAAGACAAAAUCCGACAGGGCUACAUCGGAGAUCUAUACUACGACACAAUUACGAAGGAAGACUUCACCUCGUUAUAUUCAAAGCUUUCCACAACGAGUCGUCGUCCUCGGUAUCUAUACGAUCACAAGAACCUGAUUCUCCAAGUUCGAAUGCCCGCGAGCCGCCACGAGGAUAUUGUUGACCAACUGAAAGAGAUGAUCAAUACGAAACUGCGGGCUGCGGGAAUAGAUCGGGCCACAACUUGGUCUAAUCUCGCCCCACUUUACACAUUGGGGGACAUUUCUGCUGAGCCAGAUGGAUGCUGGGGCCCGGCCUCUGAUAACAAUCCUACGGUCGUCAUGGAGGUCGGAAACUCGGAGACGAGCGGCCAGCUACUUCUUGACGGUCGACAUUGGCUGGAGAACAUACACUCAUCCGUCCAACUCAGUAUUCUCGUCAAGCUCAAGAAGAAUCCUGAUAUCAUCCAAAUCUCUAUCUGGGAGUUGGACCAUUCCCGCUAUCUCCGACCUCUCCGCACAAGUCAUCGACUGGUAAAACGGACCCAAUUCGCGGAGAUCACUCGGAGUGACCCCAUCCACAGGGUCACAAUCACUUCCACUAACUCACCAGCAGAGCUUCGAAUUCCCUUCACGAUGUUCACUGGACCCUCGCCUCCGCCCGGGGUCAACAUGGCGGGGGAUAUGAUCAUCUCACAACAAGACUUACUCGAUCUUGCGAGAUUCCACUUUGUCACACGGAAUGGCUAUGUAUGA